AUGAUGACUACACUAUUGAGGGUCAAAACUCGGAGUAGAUGGAACCCCUAUGGACAGUACGAGCUACCAAUGCUCCACCAAGGCCAAGGGAGCCACACACACUUCGAUGAAGAAGAGGAAGAAGAGGAGCCGCAAGCUCGAUCGAGUGAGCGGAACCCAGUUGCGAUGGAGUGCCCUGAUGGCCGUCUCCCAUCUCCAGACCACGACCUUGCUCCCAGUUCUUUGGGGGGCACUGAGGCUAAGUUUGGGGGUGCCAACUCGAGCUCGAUCGAGUUGGGUGUAAAAACCAGAAAAGUGGUCUUUUGGAGCAUUCUGGAGCAUAUGGGACGUGAGGAGCAUGGAGGGACUUGGCACAUGGACGCAGCUCAACUGGAUACGCAAAGGAAGAAGGGAGAAGCCAUCUUGAAGACCAGCUCGACCAUCUACUCGACCAACCGGUCGAGUUCCUCAACUCGACCGGCCAAGCUUCAACUCGAUCGAGCUGAGAAGUCAAAGUCAAACCCGAAAAAUGUUGCUUCCCCCUUGACUUUCCUUUGA